AUGGCUAUUGUUUCAUUUUCCCAGUCUAUCCAACCGAGGUGGCAGGACCGUCAAAAUGACCUAACUGGCUUUUCUAUUCAAAACACUAAGAUGAAGAGAAGAAAUCGGCUUUGCGUCAAGUACGGAGAAUAUAUAGACCUAUCAGAGGCAUCAACUAUGCGUUUCAUCUCAAAAAAUACUUCCAUCCCAGUUCCCAAGAUACACUGCGCUUUCACACAUAAGGGUUAUUCCUAUAUCGUGAUGGAAAGGAUUAAAGGGGACAUGAUUGGCAUGGGCUGGGUUCAUCGAAACGAAGAAUCAAAAGCGAAGCUUCUUACACAGUUGAAGGCGAUGGUCCAGGAAAUGCGAGCAAUCCCACCUCCGGGGGGGACGGGGGUCUCUUCUGUUGACGGCGGAGCUUUAUAUGAUUGCCGCUUACCGAGCCCUACCCUACGCUUCGGGCCCUUUCCAAGCGUCCAAGCCUUUCACCGGCAUUUACGACGAGGCAUGGAGUUUGACCCAGGACUUGACUUCGAAGUAAAAGAGUUGAUUCGACAGCACGAGCGUGAUUGGCCUAUCGUGUUCACUCAUGGCGACCUCAGCAGCUUGAAUAUCCUCGUCCGUGGCGAUGAUGUUGUUGGAAUCAUUGAUUGGGAAAUUGCCGGUUGGUAUCCGUCUUAUUGGGAAUAUACUACAGCUUGCCAGGUCAAUCCACAGAAUCCCUUUUGGCUCAACGAGAUCGACAAGUUUAUCGCCCCCAUGCCAGACGAACUAAAGAUGGAAAAAUCACGUCAAAAAUAUUUUGGGGCUUUCUGA